CAAAUUUUUGGAUUUGAUUUGUCAAAAGAAGAAUCUGAUACAAGUUAAAAAAACAAAAUAAAAGGAGGAAAGCCCAAAAAAAGAAGUCUUUGUUGAGACGAAUUUAUUAAGCUUUCCUUAAAGUUCCCAACAGUCGGCCAUUCUUGGUAGGACCAAGAAAUUUUAUGGGCUUCUCAAUAUCUGAUCAUCCUCAAUUAAUAUGAAGAAAACUAUACUUCACCAUAUCAUUUCAAAGAGCAUGCAUAGGCCAUAGAGUAUGACAGGUUGCAAAUUUUCCACUUGAAGGGAAACUGCAUUAGGCUUAUUUUAUGCAUUAUCAACUACUAUUAAUGUCUUGCCUCUCAAACCAUUUGACUGUUUUUACUGUUUUUAUAGGCCCUUUUAUAUGUUCAGAAGAAUUCGUGCAAUAGUUCAUUUGAUCACACAAACAAUCACAACCACUUAUUAUCCAUCUUAUGGUUGGCAAUUGAGCUUGUGCGCACAUAAUCAUUUCUGAUCUAAUAUAUCUGUAUGACUCGGUAAAAAUUUUCCAAAUUGUUUCCGGUUGCAAAAGCGAGUCUGCAGUAUUUUGCAGUUAGGGAGUAACACAGCCUUGUUGUAAACUGUACUGCUUGGCCACAGCCACUCAUUCUGUAAUAAUUGAGUUGUCAUUUAUCCAAUCUGGGCCAUCUAUGUCUGAUUCAGAAUACCAAGAAGAUCACAUUGCCCAUGGGUGGUUUAUUGAUGAUUGAUGGUAGAACAGCCCUUUUUAAGCUAUUGGAAGGUCUCUCUUUCUAUGGAUAGAUAGAAAGUACCCCUUUGAAUGAACCUGUUAAUUGGAAAGUCAUGGUUACAAAAAAGGGAGUUCAGGUCUAUAGCAGUAGAACUUCUUAUAUGGUCUCUAAAUUAUUGGCACUAACAAACAUGCCAAUUUCUGAUGUUUCCAGUGAUCUUACAGUAGAAAUUGGAGCAUCAAGCUUUGCACUUCAUAAGUUCCCCCUCGUUUCUCGAAGCGGAAGGAUUCGAAAAUUGUUGUUGGAAGCUAAGGAUUCAAAAGUUUCGCGCAUCAGUAUAGCUUGUGUUCCUGGAGGAGCAGAAGCCUUUGAGCUUGCGGCAAAAUUCUGCUAUGGUGUAAAUGUUGAGAUUACACUAUCAAAUGUUGCUAUGAUAUUGUGUGCAGCCCAUUUCCUGGAAAUGACAGAAGAUUUUGCGGAGAAAAACCUGGAAGCUAGAGCUGAAGCUUAUCUAAAGGAGAUGGUGCUACCAAAUAUAUCCAGUUCGAUAUCUGUCCUUCAUCGAUGCGAAACUCUCUUGCCUAUGUCAGAAGAGAUCAACCUGGUUAACAGGCUUAUAAAUGGAAUUGCUAGCAAUGCAUGCAAAGAACAACUUACCUCUGGCUUGCUAAAACUUGACCACAACUUCCCAUCAAAGGAGACAAACAUGGAACCAGAAACACCUUCAGAUUGGUGGGGCAAAUCGCUCGCAGUCCUGAAUCUUGAUUUCUUCCAAAGGGUUUUAUCAACAGUAAAAUCGAAGGGUCUGAAACAGGAUAUGAUCAGCAAGAUUUUGAUAAAUUAUGCCCAUAACUCUCUUCAAGGCCUUGUAGUGAGAGACCCUCAUUUGCUUAAAGGAAGUCUCUUAGACUUGGAAUUGCAAAAGAAACAAAGGGUAAUUGUUGAAGCAAUAGUCAGCUUACUACCAACCCAAUCAAGAAAAAGUCCAGUCCCAAUGGCUUUUCUUUCAAGUUUGUUGAAAACUGCAAUAGCAGCAUCAGCAACGACAUCUUGCAGAUCCGAUUUGGAAAGGAGAAUUGGUCUUCAACUAGAUCAAGCAAUUCUUGAAGAUAUCCUAAUUCCAGCAAAUUCACAUGGUAAUAGCCACAGUACUCUGUAUGAUACAGAUUCGAUCUUGAGGAUCUUCUCUAUGUUUCUCAACUUAGAUGAGGAUGACGACGAAGACAAUCACUUGCGUGAUGAAAGUGAAAUGAUUUAUGAUUUCGACAGUCCUGGAUCUCCUAAGCAGAGCUCAAUUCUUAAAGUAUCAAAGUUGCUAGACAAUUAUCUUGCAGAAGUUGCACUAGACUCAAACUUGAUGCCAUCAAAGUUCAUAUCACUAGCAGAAUUACUUCCUGACCAUGCUCGCCUAGUCAGUGAUGGACUGUAUAGGGCUGUCGAUAUCUUCCUCAAAGUUCAUCCAAACAUUAAAGAUUCAGAAAGAUACAGACUUUGCAAGACAAUAGACUGUCAGAAAUUAUCUCAAGAGGCCUGCAGCCACGCAGCUCAAAAUGAAAGAUUACCAGUGCAAAUGGCAGUUCAAGUGCUAUAUUUCGAGCAAAUCAGGCUCAGGAAUGCAAUGAAUGGAGGGCAUAAUCAGUUCUUUUUUGGUGCAAUGAAUGGUCAAUUCCCUCAACGUUCAGGCAGUGGUGCAGGAAGCGGAGCAAUCUCUCCGAGAGACAACUAUGCAUCUGUCCGAAGAGAGAAUCGAGAAUUGAAACUCGAAGUUGCAAGAAUGAGAAUGAGACUGACCGAUCUUGAAAAAGAUCACGUGUCCAUGAAACAAGAACUUGUAAGGACUCAUCCUGCAAAUAAGUUGUUCAAAUCAUUCACUAGAAAAUUAAGCAAGCUAAAUUCCUUAUUCAGAAUUAAUGGUCUUAAGCCUAUAGGAGGAGGAAAGGCUAAUUCAGAAUCAAGAUUCUUGUUUCAGAAAAGAAGGCGUCACUCGGUUUCUUGACUACUGUAAAUGUCUACAAGUUUCUUUUUUUUCUUUUUAAAAAAAAAGGGGUGUAUAGUACAUUAGCAGUACUUACUUGGUAAGUGUAGUGUGAUAUGGUCUAAUGUCAGAUUUGGUGGUUUGGGAAUUUGGAGUGUUGGUUUUGAGUUGCCAUUGUUUAGUGAGAAUAUUGCUCCCUUAACCUCUCUGUUUUUUCCCAUGGACGCCUGGAAAUUUUUUUACAAUACUAUAGAAGCUUUUAACAAUGUUGGAACAA